UUUAUAUGCUGUAUAGAAUAUACAGGAAAACAUUCCAAUGAUAAAGAAGUAACUGAAUUAUACCUAUUUUAAAUUAAAUCAAGAUAAUGUGGUUUGUUUGGGACAGGGUCAUGUGAACUCAUCACUAUUGAAUUAACUCCAGUUGAAUCGAUGAAAACACAUUUUUUCAACAAAUACUGGAGAAUAUAACAUGGAGAAUAUAAUUUUACUAUUUCACACCCGACCGUUUGUUCCAAGAGUACAAAUCGCUUUCUUCUAAUAAGAAUAGUAUUCCUACCCAUUAUAAUGAUAUAGGACUAGACGCACUAAUUUAAAUCACAUACCAGAUCCACCUUCACAAGUGAUCCUACUAUGGAUACCCACUUUUUGCUGGACUUACAAAAUUUAAACUAGAUGCAGGAAAGUUACGUCGUGAUGAUGAUUUUUCAGACAGGUUUAGUCAUACGUUUACUUCUUUAUUAUUGAUUAUUUUCACACUUAUCAUAUCGGCUCGUCAGUAUAUUGGUAAACCAAUCGCCUGUUGGGUGCCAACGGAAUUUACACGCGCUCAAGAAGAAUAUGCUGAAUCAGUAUGUUGGGUAACAAGCACAUAUUUUAUACCUACUCAGGAUAUUAAUAUUCCCGAAAAUAUAUCAGAACGUGAAAAUAGAAAAAUUCAUUAUUAUCAAUGGGUUCCAUUUAUUCUAAUGAUACAAGCAUUUUUAUUUAAUUUGCCAUGUUUAAUAUGGAGAUUAUUUAAUUGGCAGUCUGGGAUUCAUGCAACUAAUUUGCGAUUAUUGUUUAACAUACCCAAUAUCCUUAGUGAUGAGACAAGACCGCUCACCCUUCAAAAAGGGUUGUGCAUUGAUUUUCGUAAAGUUAUCUAGUAUAAUGGAGGUAGCUUGUGAAAUCGAAAUGAUUAAAGAUCCCGAAACACGAAAAUCAAAUAUCACAUAUGUGGCAAGACACAUUGAGGAUGCCUUGAGUUCACAACGUGAAUAUCGAUCCGGUUGUGGUGUGCGCUUUAAACAUUGUUUAGCUAAAAGUUGCUGCUUAUGGUUCGGUAAACGUUACGGAAAUUAUUUAAUAUGCUUAUAUCUAAUUACAAAAUCACUGUACAUAUUCAAUGUGGUUGGGCAGUUUUUUUUAAUGAACAAAAUUUUGGGCACGAAUUACACAUUUUAUGGUUUGGAUUUACUCCGUGAUAUAAGUGAGGGUUAUGUGUGGCAGGAAUCAGGCAAUUUUCCACGUAUUACGCUUUGUGAUUUUGAAGUACGCAAGGUGGCCAAUAAACAUAGGCAUACUGUACAGUGUGUACUACCUAUCAACAUGUUUAACGAGAAAAUCUUUAUAUUUCUAUGGUUCUGGUUCAUAUUGGUAGCGGCUGUGAAUACAAGUAGUUUUCUAUAUUGGUCAUACAAAUCAAGCUUUCGUGGAACAAGAAUUCAGUUCAUUAGAAAAUUUUUAAAAUUACGUGGAGCGCUAGAACCAGGUGAUAAGAAAAGAACAUUAACAUUUGUUGAUUCAUAUUUAAGACAAGACGGUGUAUUUAUUUUGAGAUUGACAGCACAAAAUGCUGGUGAACUAGUUGCGUCUGAAAUAAUUGAAAAAUUAUGGAAUAUGUACAGAGCGCAUCAAAAUAUAAGCACAACUUCAACAUCUCAGCCACUUUCUUACACUUUGCCGCAACAACCUCAACUGCCACAACAUCAACCGUCACACCGAUCAUCACAUCACCACCACCAUCACCGUUCCAGUACAGCCUCAAGUACUAAUAGACGUGCAAGCCGAUCCCUUACUCCAGUAAGUCCUUCAGAUUCAUCAGAAAUAAGAAGAAAACCACCUCCGAGCUAUCCGGCUUACCAUUUACGACCACCACCAGCUAGUCCGGCAGGGAGUCAACUUCCUCCUCCUCUUCCUCCAUCCCUUAGGCCAUCAGCACCACCACCUCUUCCUCCAAUACUAGGAAAAACAACUAGUAGUAGCUUAGAUGGUACAAGUAGCUCUGUAACAAGUCAUAGUCAGCCAUCCACAGUAACUGAAAACACUGAUCAGUUUGUAAGAAUGAGAUCUGUUAUUUCAGGUAAUAUAGGGUUUGAAACAUUAAGACCAACUGAAAGUCAGUCAACAGAUUUAUGUACUAACACCGAUAUAAAGAAGAGACUACCCACUACUGGGAAUAGCUCUCUCCUGGGUGAAGUUAGUGUUAGAUCUAUUAACUCUACACAACAACAUCAGGCAAAUAAUCAAAGUUCACAGAUCCGUAGUCAAUCAGAAGAAGAUCCUGGAGAAUUUGUCUAAUAAUACAUUAUUUUCCCAUUCAUUGCUGGCAUAACAAAAGACAGUAAAUAUUCCUUCCUAAAAAUCUUUUAAACUGUGAUUUAUAAAUACUUCUCACUGCUUCUAUUCUUUUUGUACAUUCAAUACCUUCCAGCUGCCUGAAUCAACCAGCAUUUACCAUCAAUAAAAUUACUUAAAAAUUGAUUUUCCUAAAGACAUUAACUCCACUCUGAACAUUUCAAUUUUCUUGCUGUUUAAAGCGCCACUGCGAUCUAUUUUCAAAGUCUAUUCAUCUUUAUUCAAACAUUUAUCUUUACAGUGCUUAGAUUAUUUUCAGAGUAACAAUUAUAUAAAUGGAUUUAGAGUACAUCUUUUCAAAUUGAGACAAUAGACUAAAAUGUGCUUAAAUUGAAAAUAGAACAUUUAACUUAAUAAAAAUAUGCACCAUUUGUACAUGAAUGUCCUUGUAUAUAUCAAUGAAUAUAUAUAUAUAACUUUUGUAAUACUCUAGUCCACUAUGCCUUGCUUGAAGUGAUAUUAUGAAAGCCUUACAUUAGCACAUGCAUAAAAUAACCAAAUACGUUAGUAAUCUUUUCAUUUCUCUUUCUCUAAACAAUAUCACAAUAAUCAAAACUCUUAAAUUCAAUUAACUUAACAUACAUCUUUAAAAUUGUGUAUUAUAAGUUUAUUUUCGUUUUAGUUUUAAAUGAAAAGAUGUUUGUGUACAGAAAUGUAUGAAAUAAAUGAUAAUAAAUAAAAUAACAAUGACAGACAUUCCAAAAUGAAAAGAAGCGUCUGUCUCAUGGUUUUUCAACCAAA